UCUUAUUCCUAAAUCCAUAAAAAGUAAACACACACAACAACAAAGAAACGUCCCUAACAAAAAAAAAGACAACAUCGAAUUAGCAUACGUGUUCAUACGCUUGUUCCCAUUUGAAAAUUACGCGCAAGGUUCCAAAUCCACCGACGAAAACUCGUCUUCCUCCCUCUUCUAUACAUAACUCAUCUCUCAACCAGUCUCCGCCUUCUAAAACCAUGUCGGAGAUCGAGGUUGUCGCCGACAACCUCGGCAACAACAACAACAACAGCAACGCCUUGUUCGGGAAAUACGAGCUCGGGAAGCUCCUCGGAUGCGGCGCAUUCGCCAAAGUCUACCACGCGCGUGACCGCCGCACGGGCCAAAGCGUAGCCGUCAAAAUCCUCAACAAGAAGAAACUCCUCGCGAACCCGACCCUCGUCAACAACGUCAAGCGCGAGAUCUCGAUCAUGCGGCGUCUGUCUCACCCUUACAUCGUCAGGCUCCACGAGGUGAUGGCCACAAAGGGAAAAAUCUUCUUCACGAUGGAGUUCGUUAAAGGAGGAGAGCUCUUCAACAAAAUCUCAAAACACGGUCGUUUAAGCGAAGAUCUAGCCCGCCGUUAUUUCCAGCAGUUAAUCUCAGCCGUCGGUUACUGCCACGCGCACGGGGUGUACCAUCGCGAUCUCAAACCGGAGAAUCUCUUGGUCGACGAGAACGGGAAUUUGAAGGUAACCGACUUCGGUUUAAGCGCGUUGACGGAUCAGAUCCGACCCGACGGGUUGUUGCAUACCUUGUGCGGCACGCCUGCUUACGUGGCGCCAGAGAUUCUCUCCAAGAAGGGGUACGAAGGCGCGAAGGUGGACGUGUGGUCAUGUGGCAUCAUCUUGUUCGUCCUCGCAGCUGGUUUUUUACCGUUUAACGAUCCGAACGUGAUGAAUAUGUAUAGGAAGAUUUAUAGAGGAGAGUAUCGUUGCCCUAGGUGGAUGUCUCCGGAUCUGAAACGGUUUGUUUCUCGUCUUCUUGAUAUCAAUCCGGAGACGAGGAUCACCAUUGAUGAGAUUCUGAAAGAUCCUUGGUUCGUUAAGGGAGGUGUUAAGCAGAUUAAGUUUCAUCACGAUCAAGAUUUUGAUAAGGUGAAGGAGAAAGGUGAACCGGUGGUGAAGAGUCUAAACGCGUUUGAUUUGAUUUCGUUUUCCUCCGGGUUGGAUCUCUCCGGUUUGUUCGCCGGUGGGGGGAGUUCGAUUGGCGAGACGGAGAGGUUUGUUUUGGAGAAGUCGCCGGAGAAGUUGGCGGAGGAGGUGGAGGCGUUCGCGGAGGAGGAGAAGCUGAGGGUGAAGAAGGUGGAAGAGUAUGGGUUUGAAAUGGAGGGGCAAAAUGGUAAAUUUGCUAUUGGGAUAUAUAUUUCGCGGCUGAAUGAUUUGCUCGUGGUGGUGGAGGCGAGGAGGAGAGGUGGCGAGGGAGAUUGUUACAAGGAGAUGUGGAGUAACAAACUCAGGGUUCAACUUGAACGCGUUUGCGAUCAAACGCCAGCCGCAACUGUGGAUUUUUCAUGAUGUGAUUUCAAGUCAAACGCCAAAUCGCUGCGGUUGGAUGGGAUUGAUUGAUUUGCGUUCUGCUACGUAUCUUAGAUUUAUUACCCAAAAAAAGAAAAAAUAAUAAAAAAAAUUAACAUAUAUAUUUAUAAUUCUAUACUAAAUUGUAGGUAUCUAUUUUGCAUCUUGGUAAAUUCAAAUGUAUUACUCACUAUGUAUAACAAGUCUAUAUUGACUUGUAGAUACUUUACUCUUUUGUAUAAUAUAUAAAAUUUUCUUCUAAUUA